AUGUCAAACAAUUCCAGGACUGUAGAAGCCGUGUUGCAAGGGCCAGGACGAUCUAUAAACGCUUCACACGGGAAACUUUACUUGCCCAAGUCGAAUUCUACCCCAUUGCCUUUCACACUGAUUUUCGGAAUGGUUGGUGUUUUCGUCAUUCUUUUCAAUGGCCUAAUCAUCCUGACUUUUAUCAAAAGACGUGAGAUCCGCAAGCGUAAAAGCCAUCGCUUUUUGCUGAGUUUGUCCGUGGCAGAUUUUCUAGUCGGUGUCAGCAGUCUCGGCUACUUGCUUAGCAUCAAAUCAAGUCUUAGUGUUGUGUCAAAACGAGUAUCAACGAUUGCUUUAGGAUUUUCACUAGAAACAUCCAUAUUCAGCUUGUGCUGUAUCACCUACGAAAGACUUGUUGGAGUGAGAGAUUCUCUCAAGUACCAGGAGCUCGUGACGUCAUCAAGAGUAAAUGCAGCAAUAAUUUUUACGUGGAUGCUUUCUGCUGGAAUGACAUCUGUGCAAGGAGCUGCAGCAUUUACAAUAGACGAUGGCAAGUACUUUGAGAUAAACGGUAUUGUCAUAGUCACACUGUCAUUGACAAUGUCAGUGUUCCUCAGUGUCGUGUAUGUUUAUCUCUACAAAGAAAUUCGUAGACAUAGAAGGGACAUCAGAAGCAAAUCAGUGUCUCAGUCGAACUCAAUCGACAUUGACAUGAUUCCAACAAGGUCACUCGAAUACACACUUGAUAUCGACAACGGGGAUUAUGACGUAGCUCAAGACCCGGUGCUUUGUGAUCAAAAGACAGUGCGCAAAAGAUUGCUCUAUGUUAGUAAGGAGAGGCGCUCGUUAGUGCUGUGUUCCUUCAUUGUUUGCUCGUUUAUAAUAUGCUGGGCACCCAUCACGGCAUUUUUCGCAGGGCUGUUAUUAGACAUUGAAUAUAUAACCAGAGAUCGCAUGCUGUACUUGAGUUCGUCUUUCGUUCUGUUAAAUUCCCUUUUGGAUCCUGUAAUAUACUUUGCAUUACGUAAAGAUUUAAGACGCGCGGCAUUGGCUGUUUUAUGCAAACGAGGCACUACAAGAUAAACGGUUAUUAAGACAGCUUGUCAGUAGACAAAGAAAGCCUCGGUAUCAAAAUUCUGCAGAAACCAGACAGAAAGAUGAUUUAACUUUACACAACUUGAAGGGUCUCCAAUCCUUCCAAACUUUACACUAGUUGAAGGGUCUCCAAUCCUUCCAAAUUGUUAUGACUAUGAUCUAAUUACUAUGAAGUUGGUUCCUACAGCUGUUUGUUAGUUGAAGACAAAAACACUCAAUAAUCUUUCCUCGUUAACAGAUAUUUCUCGUUUAUAUUGUAAAUAUUAGACUUGAUUGUCAAUUGAGAAUUGUGUUAACAAAUUAGGUUAAUUAAGCAGAAGUGUGUUUUUAUCGCUCAAAGUAGAUGAUAGUUAUAUUGAAGAGCUAGCUGUAUCAAAUUAUUUAUGAUUUAGCUUGCGUGUACUGUGUGUCUGUCUAAUUCUUAUCUGGACUUGUAGAGCCAAACAGAACU